AUGACGCGCCGCAUAGUACGGACGGGCAUACAGCUCAUAGCCCUUACCAUUGUCGUUUCCGUCACUAUAUUCUUCCUCGAUAACCGCUACCGAGUCCUUCCUCAGUCCGUCCACAGUCACAUGCCACUCCAUCACGAUGGCCUCAUCAUCACCGAUAUCACCGUACAGACCUGUUCGACGAUAAACCCUCUCUCCAAGUGUAUGCUAGACCAAAAGAAGUGGCACCGCAUAGAGAAGGAUCUAUACCUCGGUUCGGGCUGGGUCACCAAAGCAUACGUCCACAUCAAGCGCAAGCGGGAAGAGGAGCUCAAGACUGAAGACAAGGUCAUCGUCGAUGUUCGCACAGGAAAGCUCGAUCCCUCUGUGGGAGAAAAGGCUCAGGCAUCGGAGAAGUGGGAGUCACGGCCAGCUGGCAUCUGGAUAAAGAGGUCACUGAAGCGUCACGCGAGCGACUCCAAGAAGGCGGUAACGGCCGUAGACAUACUGUUUGGCGCCGAUGCGGUCGAGCCACGUCCUGGGUGGGAGCUGGUCAAGAACGGAGCCCUACACCUCGAGACGAGCAAAGCGAGCACAGAUCCCCGCCUCAGCAUACGAAGAGGCCCAGCGGCAAAACUCGAGAAGCCCGUACCCAGGAUUAGAAAGGAUGGCAAAUUCAAAAUCAUGCAGAUAUCCGACCUGCAUCUCAGCACCGGCCUCGGUCACUGCAGAGACCCAGAGCCAAAAGACCAUAACGGCGGACACUGCGAUGCCGACCCCAGGACCAUAGAGUUUGUUGAGAGAGUUCUCGAUGACGAAAAGCCAGACUUUGUCGUUUUGUCCGGCGACCAGGUCAAUGGUGAUACAGCACCCGAUGUGCAGAGCGCCUUGUUCAAGAUAGUCGAUCCCCUCGCCGAGCGCAAGAUACCGUACGCAGCCAUCUUCGGCAACCACGAUGACGAAGGCACACUCUCACGCCACGCACAAAUGGAUCUCUACGACUCCCUACCCUUCUCCGUCAGCGAACCCGGUCCCAACACUAUAGAAGGCGUGGGAAACUACUUCGUCGAGAUCCAGGCGCACAGCAGCAAGCACUCGGCCCUGACCUUGUACUUCCUUGACACCCACUCCUACUCACCAGACGAAACCCACUACCGCGGAUACGACUGGCUCAAGCCUAACCAGAUCGACUGGUUCAAAGUCACUGCUGAAGGCUUGAAGGAAGCGCAUAGUCACUACACCCACAAGCAUCUCAACAUGGCAUUCAUUCACAUCCCGCUCCCAGAAUACGGUAACCCCGACAACGAGCGGGUUGGAAAUUGGACUGAGCCCAUCACUGCUCCUGCCUUCAACACCCAUUUUAAAGACGCCUUAGUCGAAUACGACAUCAGCGCGGUCUCCUGUGGCCACGACCACGUCAACGACUACUGCUCGCUUUCCAAAGAACCCGAAACUGGUGAUCCGGAAUUAUGGAUGUGCUACGCCGGUGGCAGUGGCUUUGGCGGUUACGGUGGUUACAACAACUAUCACCGUCGAUUACGCGUGUUCGAGAUUGACACCAAUCAAGCUCGCAUUGUAACGUGGAAAAGAUUGGAAUACGGCGACACGGAGAAGAGACUCGAUACGCAGAUUAUUGUGGAUUCUGGAAAGGUUCUUCCGAAACAAAGCGGCAAUCAGGGGUGA